CCGUCAAACGAUGGGAAAGGUGAUCCCAAGUUCAGCCCCCGGACCUCGUUUUUAUCGUCUGCGUCUCCAACGUCUCAUGUCGGACCAGCCCAAGACGAAGAUGCUGCAGCAGAUUCCCGACGACCACCGUCUGAUCAACCUCAAGGUCCGUGAUCUGACGGCUCACAAGCGCCGUCUCGUGGAAGUUCGCGACUCCUCAACACUUUCCGACACCUUGAACACCAUGGUGGCGAACGGUGUGAGUGCGGUGCCGGUGGUGGCGCCGCCGGGGCACUGGCUGGGAGCAGGAGGGUCGAUGAUAGUGGAAUCGGACAAACAAACUGGAAGUGUACGGAAACACUACAUAGGAAUGGUGACAAUGCUUGAUGUUCUGGCUCACAUCGCAAGAGCGGUGUCGGAUAAUCUGGAUAGGAAGAUGGCAGCUCAUGUCUCUUCCAUCAUUGGUCAUUGUCCAGAGGGUCUCAGCUUAUGGUCCCUAAACCCUAAUACCAGGAUAUUGGACUGCAUGGAAAUGUUCAGCAAAGGAGUGCACAGAGCCCUAGUCCCACUGGAGAGUAGCGUAAAGAACAUAUCAGGGGUGGAGUUAGUAGAGUCGGCCUCCGCUUACACAAUGCUAACCCAGAUGGACCUCAUGAGGUUCUUGCAAGACAAGGCAUGCGAACUCGGCGACCUUGUACUCUCACGUCCUGUGUCCGAGCUUGGGGCUCUCAAGGAUACGGUUUACGCCCUCACUGACCAGGCCAGAGUUUCGGAUGCAAUCAAAUGCAUGAGUGCUGAGAUGCUGAAUGCUGUUCCAAUAGUUGAGGCCUCGGCGGGUGACCAAGUGGAUCAUAAGCAGCUUGUAAAUGGGAAAAACAGGAAAGUGAAGGGAACAUUCUCGGCGAGUGAUCUGAAGGGGUGUCAUUUAGCUACGCUGCAGACGUGGCUUCCUUUGAUGGCGGUAGAGUUUGCGGAGAAGAUACCGAUGACUCCGUUGUUCGCGGGCACGAGGGGAGCUUCCCCUCGUGAGCUAGUGACGUGUCAGGCGACGUCAACACUGGCCCAAGUGAUACAAAAGGUGACAACCAAACGCGUACACAGGGUGUGGGUGGUGGACGAGGAUGGUCGCCUUCAAGGGCUCGUUUCUCUAACGGACGUUAUCGGAGCAGUGAGAGCGGCUUUGUUGUCGCAUUCUAUGUAGCAGUUGUUUGCUUUGUAGCCGAGAGAGAUGUGUGGUUACUGCAUAGGAGGCCUUGUGUGAGCUUUGGACUCAUUCCAAGGCUUUAUCCAGCCUUCUAAAUCAGUCACACCAUCAGGGCACGCACACGACAACAAGCAAUUUUCCAUAGAUGCUCUUUUUUUUUUUUUUGUAAAUAUUUUCCUUUACACUUUCUUCCCCUCGUGAAUUUGUUAAAUAGGUCAUAGGUGUAAGCUAAAUAUGUAAUAUACAUGCAAAAUCCCGUCUCCACUUCUUCACCGUC